AUGGGACAAUCUCUAACUACCCCCUUAAGCCUCACUCUACAGCACUGGAAGGAUACCCGAGACAUCGCUCAUAACCACUCUGUAGAGAUCCGGAAGAGAAAGUGGGACACCUUCUGCUCCUCAGAAUGGCCGACAUUUAAUGUCGGCUGGCCAAGAGAUGGCACCUUUAACCUAGACAUUAUUUUGCAGGUUAAGGCGAAAGUCAUGGAUUCAGGGCCGCACGGCCACCCGGACCAGAUACCCUACAUUGUUACUUGGGAAGCCCUGGCCCGGGAACCACCCUCAUGGGUCAAGCCGUUUGUCACUCCCAGCCCCCCUGCUGUUCCCCCUGCAGUUCCCUCUGCCCCUGCCCUACCUCCUCCGUUGGUCCCCACACCCUCUAAGUCUGCCCUCUGUCCAGCUGUAACAAAGCAGGCCCAAGGACGUGAUCCGGGGGCCAAAAAGACGCCGACACCCCCGGUACUACCAGCAGAUGACGGCUGCUUGUUGGAUCUGCUGACUGAAGAACCUCCCCCCUAUAGAGACCCAGACCCCGAUCAAGAGCCGGGAGAAGCCACCGCUGCCGGACCUCAGGAGGAACCAGCUCCUUCCCCGGUGGCAGGGCGGUUGAGAGGGCGCCGAGAGGCCCCUCCGGAUUCCACAUCUCAGGCUCUCCCAUUACGAGCGGGGCCUAACGGCCAGCUCCAAUACUGGCCUUUUUCCGCUUCGGAUCUAUAUAACUGGAAAAAUAAUAAUCCCCCUUUCUCUAGGGACCCUUCUAGACUCACCGCUUUAAUCGAGUCCAUUUUAGUAACCCACCAGCCCACCUGGGACGAUUGUCAGCAGCUGUUACAGGCCCUCCUGACCACCGAGGAAAAGCAACGAGUCUUUUUGGAAGCCCGUAAGAACGUCCCGGGGGCUAACGGGCAGCCUACUCAGUUGCCAAACGAGAUCAACGAUGCCUUCCCCUUGGAGCGACCUGAAUGGGACUUCGCCACGGAGGACGGUAGGAAUCACUUACGUCUCUAUCGCCAGUUGCUGAUAGCGGGUCUCCAUGGGGCAGCAAAGCGCCCCACUAAUUUGGCUCAGGUUAAGUUAGUGACCCAAGGGUCAGAGGAGUCUCCCUCCGCCUUCCUCGAACGACUAAAGGAAGCCUAUCGUGUGUACACCCCCUAUGAUCCGGAGGACCCUAACCAGGCUACCAAUAUGGUCAUGUCCUUCAUCUGGCAGUCCGCCCCGGAUAUCAGAAAAAAAUUAGAGAGGCUCGAAAACUUAAGAGAAAGUACGAUCCAGGAUUUGCUAAAAGAGGCGGAGCGGAUUUUCAACAAGAGAGAGACUCAAGAAGAAAGAGACGAAAGGAUAACCCUUAAUGUGGGGGGGCAACCCGUCACCUUCCUGGUGGACACCGGAGCCCAACAUUCGGUGCUCACUACCACUCCGGGACCCCUGACUGACAAAUCGGCGUGGGUCCAAGGAGCCACCGGAGGGAAAAGAUACCGUUGGACAACUGAAAGAAGAGUACAACUCGCCACCGGUAAGGUGACUCACUCUUUUUUACACGUUCCUGAUUGCCCUUAUCCUCUGUUGGGGAGAGAUCUAUUAAUGAAACUUAGGGCACAAAUCCACUUUGAAGGGACUAAGGCCCACAUUACUGGGCCUCAGGGACAGCCUUUACAUGUGUUAACCAUAGAUCUGGAGGACGAAUACCGGCUUCACGAAUCCGAAAGGCCUCAGCCGCAAGAAAUAACUGUUUGGUUAGAAAAAUUCCCUUUAACCUGGGCGGAAACAGGGGGAGUGGGCCUCGCAACCCACCAGCCGCCCCUGGUAAUCACACUAAAGGCAUCGGCAACUCCUGUUUCCAUUAAGCAAUACCCGAUGUCACAUGAAGCUUACCAAGGAAUUAGGCCCCACAUUCGGAGGCUUUUAAACCAGGGCAUCCUGGUGCCUUGUCAAUCCCCCUGGAAUACGCCUCUCCUUCCGGUCAAAAAGCCAGGGACAGGAGACUACCGCCCAGUGCAGGACUUGAGAGAAGUCAAUAAAAGGGUAGAGGAUAUACACCCUACAGUUCCUAACCCGUACAAUUUGUUGACUGGGCUUCCUCCGACGUACACCUGGUACACGGUAUUAGACCUUAAGGAUGCAUUCUUUUGCUUGAGGCUCCACCCUCAGAGUCAGCCUAUCUUUGCCUUCGAGUGGAAGGACCCAGAAUUGGGAGUAUCGGGUCAGCUCACUUGGACUAGACUCCCACAGGGGUUCAAAAACAGCCCCACCCUAUUUGACGAGGCGUUGCACCGGGACCUGGCCGAUUUUAGAGUUCACUACCCUGCUUUAAUCUUGCUCCAAUAUGUUGAUGACCUCCUCCUGGCUGCGGAAACUGAGGAAAAAUGUCAGGAAGGAACAAAGGCACUCUUGAGGACUUUAGGAACUCUAGGAUACCGGGCCUCAGCCAAAAAGGCCCAAUUAUGCCAGAGGCGAGUUACAUACCUGGGUUACCAAAUCAGAGAUGGACAAAGAUGGUUGACAGAGGCGCGGAAACAGACAAUCCUAAAAAUUCCGGUGCCCAAAAGCCCGAAGCAACUAAGAGAGUUCCUGGGUACGGCGGGGUUCUGUCGCCUCUGGAUUCCAGGGUUCGCAGAAAUGGCUGCGCCACUUUACCCACUCACCAAGCAAGGGACUCUUUUUAUGUGGGGAGAUGAACAGCAGAGGGCCUAUACAGCCAUAAAAGAGGCCCUGCUAACCUCCCCCGCGUUGGGGCUUCCGGACUUAAACAAGCCCUUUGAGCUGUUUGUAGACGAAAAACAGGGAUAUGCUAAAGGAGUCCUGGCUCAAAAACUAGGACCAUGGAGGCGUCCGAUAGCCUACCUGUCCAAGAAACUUGACCCGGUAGCCUCGGGAUGGCCACCCUGCUUGAGGAUGGUGGCAGCAAUUGCCCUCUUGAUUAAAGACUCUGGCAAGCUGACUAUGGGACAGCCAAUAACAAUUUUGGCUCCUCAUGCAGUGGAAGCCCUGGUCAAACAACCUCCGGGCCGAUGGCUUUCCAAUGCCCGCAUGACCCACUACCAGGCCCUACUACUGGACACUGAUCGAGUAUACUUUGGCCCUAUAGUAGCUCUCAACCCGGCAUCACUGCUUCCCCUACCGGAGGGUCCAGAAACUCAUGACUGCCUCCAGAUACUUGCAGAAGUACAUGGUACCCGACCUGACCUGACCGACCAGCCCCUCCCCGACGCUGACUUCACCUGGUACACUGACGGGAGCAGCUUUCUGGACAACGGAGAGCGGAGAGCGGGGGCCGCAGUCACCACCGAGACUGAGGUAAUUUGGGCUGAGGCUCUACCACCUGGCACUUCGGCACAGCGGGCUGAGCUCGUCGCCCUAACUCAGGCCCUCCGGAUGGCAGAAGGUAAGAAGCUCAAUGUUUAUACCGAUAGCCGCUAUGCCUUUGCCACUGCUCACAUCCAUGGGGAAAUAUAUCGGAGAAGAGGGUUGCUUACCUCGGAAGGAAAACAGAUCAAAAAUAAAGCUGAAAUAUUGGCCCUGCUUAAGGCUUUGUUUUUACCCUCAAAACUGAGUAUCAUCCAUUGCCCCGGCCACCAAAAGGGAGACAGCCGAGAAGCCAGGGGCAACCGCUUGGCGGACGCAACUGCCCGAGAAGCGGCGAGACAAGAAAGCUCAGAUACCUCCCAGCUCCUGGCUAUAGAGCUGGCCGAGGUAGAGGUCCCCUCCAUUCAGGAACCUCCCUUCCACUAUAGUGAGGAAGAUCGGGACCUCCUAAAAGAAAUGGGGGCCACUUACAAUCCCAUGCUAAGACUCUGGACUUUCAAAGAAAAACCUGUGUGGCCCCUGCAACAGACUCGUAACCUGAUUGAAUACCUCCACAGACUGACUCACCUUAGCUCCAGAAAAAUGAAAACCCUCCUAGAAAGGGAGGAAAGCUCCCACUAUUUGCUGGGGAGGGAUAAAAUUCUACAACAAGUGGCUAAAGAGUGCACAGCAUGCACCCAAGUAAAUGCAGGACGCCAUAGGAUAGGCCCAGGGACCAGGAUCCGGGGACAUCGCCCCGGCACCCACUGGGAGAUUGACUUCACAGAGGUAAAACCUGGACUAUAUGGAUAUCGGUACUUGCUGGUAUUUGUGGACACCUUCUCGGGAUGGGUAGAAGCCUACCCCACCAAACAUGAAACUGCCAAGGUAGUCGCCAAAAAGCUUCUAGAAGAAAUCUUCCCCAGGUAUGGCAUGCCCCAGGCGUUGGGCUCUGACAAUGGUCCUGCCUUCGUCUCCCAG